UGACGCAAAAAUGAUGGAUCUGAAAGCAUAAUAAUGGGCAUUGUUGUCUGAGUUUUCAGUUCGUAAAACGGGGCUGCUAGCUAGAGCGACUGUUUAUCUUGGUCAUCCAUACUUUUGUAGCUGCUUCGGUAAUAGGGAUUCAAGUGAAAGGGAAAGGAGUGAUGGCAGACAACGCACAAGGUUCGUCAUCGCAGUCCUACUGGGAAGGCUACAAAGAGUUUUGGUCAGAGAGGUUUUCCUUUUUGGGCAACUAUUCCAAGUUCAUCAACCGUGAUAAACCCAUCCCUUCCUGGUCCACCUCUGAUGUCGAGGAGUUCAUUGCUUCUGAUCCUGUUCAUGGGCCCGUGCUGAAAAGUGCUAGAGAAGCAGUGCAAUUCGGCCUCACCGGAAGUGCUUUGGGAGCAUUGUUUACCGCUGGCUAUGCCUGGAAAUAUUCAAGGAGUUUACAUGGCGCUGGACUGUCAUUUUUAGCUGGAGGUGUGUUUGGGUGGACUUUUGGGCAUGAAAUCGCAAAUCAUGCACUUCAACUUUACAGGGUAGACACAUUGGCUGCUGAGGUCAAGUUUCUGGAGUGGUGGAAUAAGAAGACUGGAGGGUAUUAAAACAGUUGGCUUCUGGGAAUUAAUGUUCCAUUUGUUAUCGUUUCUUAAAAAAUGAAGAAUAUUUUUCGGUUUGGCCAGUGCGAUUGAUGUUCACUGAAUAAAUAUUUGUUGUGACAUAGGUUGAGUUUUAAAACUAAUGCAUCAUCGCAAAACAAAUUAUGACUUGUGCCAUUUUUUCUCUUGUAUUGUCUGUUCUUCAUUAGUCUGGGUUUUUAAUGGUUGGACUUGACUAGAGGUCAUAAGAGCUGGCAUUUUCAUAUUGUUCCACCGCUGGUGCAAUCGAGACGACAUACUCCGAGAGCAGUUAUUUUGUAUGAA